AUGUCUGAAGAAGUGACUUAUGCAGAUAUUAAUUUUCAAUACUCCAGUAAGGCAGAAAAUAUUCAAGAGUUGGGCAACUUGGGGAAAAAAGCGCCCUCUGCUCCAUUCUGUGUAAGGCAUCAAAUGAAAUUGGCCCUGACUCUUCUAAGCCUUCUCCUGCUGAUUGGAUUUGGAACCUUAGGAAGCAUAUUCCACAGAACUUUGAAAAUAGAAAUGGAAAGAUGGAACAGCCUUCAAAAUCAAGCAGAAGAACUUCAGAGAAAUGUUUCUCUACAACAGAUGAGUAGCAUCAAUAUGUCCAAGGAGCUCAUGAUCAUCUCCACCUCACUGCAAAACAUCAUCACUGAAUUAUGCCGCGAGCGUGUAAAGACGCAAGAAGAGCACAAAUGUAAACCUUGUCCGGAGAAAUGGAAGUGGCAUGAGGACACCUGUUAUAGUUUAUUUGAUGUUAAGGAAACAUGGGAAAACAGUGAAAUAAAAUGUUCUUCUCAUAAUGCAAGCCUCUUGAAGAUUAAGUCUAAAAGUGUUUUGGAAUUUAUAAAAUCCAUGAAAUUAAAAGCAGUGUAUUGGCUGGGAUUACCUCCCCAAGAGGAUAAAGAAACGUACAUAAAUUUAGAUGAAGAAAUUAUCUCCAAGGAUUGGUAA